UUUUCUUUACGACACAGAAUAAUCAGCUGUGUUACUCUUAACAUAAAUUACAUCGUUACAUUACUUUUCUUCUUAAUUGCUGAAACUUUAAAUCAUUCAACAAUAAUAGCUAUUUCUAGGUGUUCAGGGACCGUACAACCGUAUAUUCGAUUAAUACUGAUGUUUUACACGGUAAUUGUGUCUAAUAUAAGGGCGAGCAUCAUCAGUUCGAAUCAAAACCGUUCGCCGCGGCUGGUGCCCUAUCCGAACUACGCGAUGAACCGACUGCCGUCCGCCGGUCAACGGUCCACCGACCGGAUCAUUAACACGUACCGGCCGGCCGUGGACGCGUGCGACCGCCUGUGGAUAAUCGACAUGGGCAUCGCGAACGGCACGAGGAUCGGCCCGCCGCAGCUGUUCGUCUUCGACCUGAACACGGACAGGGUCGUCCGGCAGUACGUGGUUAACGCGGACCUGUUGCGCGCGGACGACAACUCGUGGUUCCCGGGCCUGGUGGUGGACGCGGAACGGAAGUCGUGCGACCGCGCGUUCGCCUAUCUGCCGGACAUCGGCGGCGGCCUGUUGGUGUACGACUACCACCGGAACACGGCCAGGCGGAUCGAACACCAUUACUUCUUCUUCGACCCGCUGGCCACCGUGUUCAACAUCGGCGGUGUCCGCAUCGAGUGGCCGGACGGCAUGUUCGGCGUGGGCCUGUCCGAACGCCACCGCGACGGCUUCCGGACGCUCUACUUCCAGAGCAUGUCCAGCACCAGGAUGUUCUCGGUGGACACGAGCGUCCUGCAGUCGAACAGGACCUUGAGGGAGACGUUCGACGAGUACCGGCACCUCGGCCACCGGCCCGCCGGAAUGCAGGCCGGUCCCAUGGCCACGGACCAGGCCACCGGCACCAUUUUCUACGCGCUCGUCAACCAGGACGCGGUCGGCUGCUGGAACCCGAGACAGUUCGACCGGCUGUCCGCCGACACCUCGGCCGUGGUGGCGCAGGACUCCGAGACGCUCGAGUUCCCGGGCGACAUCAAGGUGGACGCGGACUCCAACCUGUGGGUGCUCAGCGACAGGAUGCCCCGGCACCGGUUCCAGGUGAACAACUUCGACGUGGGAGACGUCAAUUACCGCGUGUUCAGAGCGCCCGUCGCCGACGUCAUCCGCGACACGGUUUGCGAGUCGCAACCGAUCGGCAAUCGGCCGCCGUACAGCCCCGCCAAUCAAUCGCGACCUCGGCCCACCACCAGCAGCUCGGGAUGGAACACGCCGGCCGACAAGAGAAGCGACUUCGAUUAGGGCUUAUUCGCCACCACGUGAUGGUAUUCGUAUAUUAUUAUUAUUAUUAUUUAUAUGUUGCGUGACGAAAUAAUGUUUUAAAUGCCAUCGGAACUCGCCGGGAAAAUUAUUUUUAUAUUUUUAUACCGUUUAGCAUUAAUAUUGUUUACAUAAUACUUUACAACUGUAAACAUUAUUUUAGUUCUAGAUAAAUGUCAUAUUUAAUAUUGUGAUGAAUACGCGGAAAACAAAUUAAACGCAGUAAUUUUAUUAGCAUAAAACGAUUACGUUGUGUUAUGAAAGUAGCCGAUCACUGUAAUAUUAUGCUAUUUUUAUGGACAUAGGUCACAGAGACCUAUAUGAAAUACGCAAAUACGAAAUCUGCGAAAAAUAAAACAAGCGAAAAAACGGAUUACGUAGUAAUUAUAGAACAUCACUGCACCCAUACACGGAGCAUUUUAAUAUAUGCAUGCAAAAUAUUGCUGUUAUGUUAUUCUCGAAUUCAUAGACCAAAUCAUAACUUUCAGCUGUCCUUUUUCUUCGUAUCUGCCAUGGUAAUAAUUUUAUCUGUGUGAUGGAUACGAUCGACGAAACGAACGAAAACGGCGUAGCCAAAUUUAAUGACUGACGAUUUGAAUUUAAAUAUAGUAAACGAAACUGCUGAAAGUGUUUAACCACGAUUUUGGAGAGCGAAAGGCUGGCCAGGGAUUUAUUUUUACUUAAAAUUUAAAACCAGUUAAAUAAUCUGUAUAAAUUCUGAUGGUAUAUUAUUGUGUAGGAGACACGAUGAUACGAUUACCGAUUUAAAAUAGGUAGGUCAUUUAGAACAGCUUCAGAGUUAAAAAUGAUAGAUCUGUCGACACCGGAGUAAUGAUCGAUGAUACGCGAUUAAUAUGUUUUAUUAUAAUUAAUAAGUGUUAUUUUAUUUCAUACCUAUUACAUUAAUAAAUGUCGAGUAUAUACGUUUAUCGGAAUAGAAAAUGUUUCAACGUUUGUUUGAUCAUCGCCGUGUUAUAAAUUUAAAACUCGAAAAUCUUAGAGGGUGAACAAUAAACAAGUGUACCGUGAGUAGAAAAAUUGCUUAAAAUAAUACAAUUAUUUUUUUAUGGUGAUUCAUCACAUAGCCAUUAUUUUAAACUAUGUAUAUAUACGUAAAAUAUGGUUUAUUAUUAAUCGAGAUAAUGCUGAUGUCAUGAAAAUAAUAUUUAACAGCUAACGCUAACCUGUUCAUUUGUUUGACAGAAAUGCUCAUUAUUUUUCCGAAAAAGAUAAUUAUAAUAAAAUAUUAGUUUUUAAAAAAUUAUUUAAUAUUGUCUAUGAUGAAAAAUGAUUGUUCAAGAAAUAGAAGAACCAUUGGAAUUUGUUUUGGAUUUAAGAAGUCGUUGAGAAAACAGAAGUGAUGGGUAUUCGACGUAGGUACUUAGGUGCCGUAUGAAUUGUUAUUAUUUAUUUAUUUAUUGGCUAAAGUGGAAACAUUAACAGUUCACGUACAGACGAUGUGUACAGGAAAUAUAAUAAAUACGGUGUUUUCUGCUUUUAGGAAUCGCGUGACCUGAAUA